AAAAUAUCUCUCUUUCUUAACAGAACUUGAACAAAAAUGGAAGCUGCUACGUUUUCUAACUUCACUCUCUCUACCAUCCUCAACAAAGAGGAUCCAUACAGCUCCAUCAUGCUAGCCGUGGCUGCCCUCCUCGCCGUCAUCUGCUACUUCUGGAUUCAAGGAAAAUCCAAAUCAAGAAACGGUCCACCGUUGCCACCGGGACCUUGGCCACUUCCUAUAGUUGGAAACCUCCCGUUCCUAAACUCCGACAUCCUCCACACGCAGUUCCAAGCCCUAACUCAAAAACAUGGCCCUCUCAUGAAGAUCCACCUCGGUUCCAAACUAGCUAUCGUCAUCUCUUCACCAGACAUGGCUCGUGAGGUUCUCAAGACUCACGACAUCACUUUUGCAAACCAUGACCUCCCUGAAGUGGGAAAGAUCAACACGUACGGUGGUGAAGACAUACUCUGGUCUCCUUACGGCACUCACUGGAGGAGACUUCGUAAGCUUUGCGUCAUGAAGAUGUUCACCACACCGACUCUUGAAGCCUCUUACUCCACUCGUAGAGAAGAAACACGACAAACCGUUGUCUACAUGUCGGAGAUGGCUCGUGAUGGAUCUCCCGUCAAUCUUGGAGAGCAGAUCUUUCUUUCUAUCUUCAACGUCGUGACGAGAAUGAUGUGGGGAGCAACUGUUGAAGGAGAAGAGAGAACAAGCUUAGGAAACGAACUCAAAACCCUAAUCUCUGACAUCUCCGACAUAGAAGGGAUUCAAAACUACUCAGACUUCUUUCCUUGGUUCGCAAGAUUCGAUUUCCAGGGACUUGUUAAGCAGAUGAAGGUCCAUGUCAAGAAGCUAGACAUUCUCUUCGACCGUGUUAUGGAGAGCCAUGUUAAGAUGGUCGGGAAAAAAACUGAAGAAGAAGAAGAUUUCUUACAAUACUUGAUUAGGGUUAAAGAUGAGGACGAGAAAGCUCCUCUCUCGUUGACUCAUGUCAAGUCUUUGCUUAUGGACAUGGUUCUUGGUGGUGUUGACACGUCAGUCAACGCAUCCGAGUUCGCUAUGGCUGAGAUCGUGAGUAGACCAGAAGUUUUCAAAAAGAUCCGACAAGAACUGGACGAAGUUGUCGGCAAAGACAGUAUAGUUGAAGAGUCACACUUGCCUAAACUCCCUUACUUACAAGCUGUUAUGAAAGAGACUCUUAGGCUACAUCCUACGCUUCCUCUUCUUGUCCCUCAUCGCAACAGUGAAACCUCAGUGGUUGCGGGGUACACUGUGCCUAAAGACUCAAAGAUCUUCAUCAACGUGUGGGCCAUUCAUAGAGACCCUAAGCAUUGGGAUGAGCCAAAUGAGUUUAUACCGGAGAGGUUCUUGGAGAACUCUCUUGACUUCAAUGGUGGUGACUUCAAGUACUUGCCAUUUGGAUCAGGGAGGAGGAUUUGCGCGGCGAUUAACAUGGCUGAGAGGCUUGUUCUGUUCAACAUUGCGUCGCUGCUUCACUCUUUUGAUUGGGUGGCUCCAAAAGGGCAGAAGUUUGAGGUUGAGGAGAAGUUUGGGCUUGUUCUUAAGUUGAAGAGUCCACUUGUGGCUAUUCCAGUUCCGAGGUUGUCUGAUCCUAAGCUCUACACAGCUUAAGUAAACUAAGUAAAAAUGAAAGUUUGGUUCUGAGGAAGCUGAUUGUAAUUUUAUUUUGUGGUGGGAGUUUUAUAAUUUUAAUGCUUUGUAAAAAAUAAGAAAGUGUCAAGACACAUCUCUGAUUAUAUAUAAUAAAAAGUUUCUUUGAUAA